GCGCACUAUGGUGAAAUGAUUCGAUUAAGUGAUUCAAGUUACGGGAGCAUUUUUCAUAAUCUCCAUAGCUAUCCGCUACGAACAUACAUUUUUAGCUCUGUGUAUUCGAAUAUUCAACAUUUUACGAACGAGACGACAAGUAAAAUAAUUGGAACUACCGGUGCCGAUAGCAAAGUAGCUGAAUUGUUAGCACAAAAAAUGAAUUUCACAAUGGAUCUACAAUGGCCCGAUAAUGAUUUUUUUGGCGCUCGAACCAAGAAUGGGAGCUACAGUGGAGCUAUUGGACGAAUGGUACGCUUUGAAACCGACAUUAUAUUAACUGGGUUUUUCAUCAAAGAUUAUUUGACUCGUAAACUGGCAUUUUCUGCUCCGGUAUACAUGGACGAAUUGUGUUGUUAUGUGAAGAAAGCAAGUCGUAUACCCCAAUCAAUAUUACCUUUGUUUGCUGUAAAUUUCGACAUUUGGGUUUCUUUUAUAAUCGUGGGACUACUCAGUCCUUUUAUUUGGAUACUGCUGAGGCAUGUAAAUUUGGGCGCUAUCGAAAGUAAUUCAUUAAUUUCACAAUUGCCAACGUUGCAGCCCCAGGAACGUCGCCAGCUAACUCAGAAGCAUAUACUACAAUACAUGCGCAUUUAUUUGGAUACUUGGGUGAUGUGGGUACGUGUCAAUAUCGUAUGUUACCCACCAUUUAUCUCAGAACGCAUCUUCAUAGUCUCGCUCUGUUUGGUGAGUGUGAUUUUUGGAGCACUUUUUGAAUCUAGUUUGGCAACAGUAUACAUACGCCCACUUUACUACAAGGACAUUAAUACGAUGAAGGAAUUAGACGAAGCGAAUAUACGGAUAUACAUAAAGCAUGCCGCUAUGAGAGAUGACCUUUUUUACGGCCAUAGCUCAUAUAUAUACCAAAAUUUGGAAAAGAAACUACUUUUGGUUGCCGAACUGGAGGAGCGUCUUAUUGACAUAAUGGCUAGAGGGGGUAAACUUGCGGGAGUUACUCGAGCUUCUUCGCUGGAGCUCGAUGAUAUAUACUACUUCAUAAAGAACAAAAUUCACAAAAUACCAGAAUGUCCCAAGAACUAUCACAUAGCUUUCAUAUUUCCGAAUAACUCGCCUUUGGAAAAGAGCAUAAAUGUAUUAUUGCUGAAAAUCGUGCAGGCAGGACUGAUUGAUCAUUGGAUUGGAGAUAUGAAAUACAAAGCAAAGAUAAGAACGCGAAAUUUUCCAGGGUUCCUGGAGGAGAUCGGAGACAAAUGGAAAGUUCUAACCCUAAAUGAUUUGCAGUUGGCCUUCUACACAAUCCUAUUUGGCAGUAUAUUAUCAACAGUAGCGCUGUUAUUGGAGCUUAUUCUGCAAUGUAAGCCAAAUAGGUUUUUAUGGAAUACGCAGAAAUCUUAG